UGGCGACAUUCAGACUCUGUCAUCGUCAGAAUCAUCAGCUCCAUGGGAGCUCUCUUUCUUCCUUGUAAUACAAAUGCUACUCCCAUUCUCACUCUGUAGUACAUGAAUCAUUUCUUGAUCCGCACAGAAAACUUUCAUUUAACCCAUGCACGAUGCGACUCCUCUGUUAUCUUCUUCUUCUUCUUCUUCUUCUUCUUCUCUCUCUUCUCCUUCUGUGGUCUACUCCUGCUUCUGGGUUCGGAUCCAUGGGCCCUAUCUCUGCGGCAUUCGGGGAUGAUGCCUUUUUCUGCGCAAUCGAUGCUAGCGGCAAACAGGAUGUUGUCUGCUGGGGAAAGAAUGCGUCUUCUCUGUCCUCAUCGUCAACUUCGUCGUCCCCAUCUUCGACUUUGUUACUAUCUGCAGAAUCCACUCCAUUCGGCGAUGUUCCUCCAAUGGCAGCUCUCUCCGGUGGUGAAGGAUUUCUCUGCGGCAUUUUAGCGAACAACUCGCAGGCUUUCUGUUGGAGCUCUUUGGAGUCAGGUACGGAUCUUGUUCCUUCCAUUUCUCGAACCACUGCUUAUUCGCAUAUUGCUGCUGGAAAGAACCAUGUUUGUGCUGUUCGAGGAUCUUACUAUUCUGAUCACGAAUCGGGCACCGUUGAUUGUUGGGAGAUUUUGAGGGGCUCUAAUAAUAGCAUCAGCUCAAAACAGAGUGAUCUUUUUUAUAAUCAAUCUGUUGCUAAUCUUGUGUUUAGAAAGGUUGUGUCUGGUGAAGGAUUUAGUUGUGGUGAGGCAAGACAAGGAGGGAUUUUUUGCUGGGGACCAAACUCAUCUGAUUUGGAACUCUCAGAUGCAUCAGGAGACUUCAUGGUUUUAGCUUCAUCGAAGGCUUCUCUUUGUGGGAUUUUAGAGUCCUCUCGUGAAGUGAGUUGCUGGGGUGAUAUUGAUUUGUCUGUUGCCCCUCCAGUUGGGAUUCGCUUCGUGUCUUUAACAGCCGGUGCUCACCACUUUUGUGGGAUUCGAGAGGAUAAUCAUGGGGUUGAGUGUUGGGGAAGCUUUAAUUUUUCUUCUGUUCCAAAGGGUUCUGGGUUUAUGGCCAUUGCUUCCUCUGAUUUCACUACGUGCGGUAUUAGGGAAGUUGAUUUAGUUCUUGAUUGCUGGUUUGCUAAUUCCUCCUCGCUGCCUGAUUAUGAUCCUCCAUUGGAAUUGUGCAGUCCAGGACUUUGUAGUGCUGGCCCUUGCGGUGAAAGGGAGUUUGCAUUCAAUGCAAGCAUUCUCAAUGAACCAGAUUUGAUAAGCUUGUGUAUUAGGAAAGAUUUAAAGAUUUGUUCACCUUGUGGGUCAAACUGUUCUCAAGGAUAUUUCUUGUCUAGCCCAUGUACCCCUAAUGCUGAUAGGGUAUGCACUGCUUGUUCUCUUUGUCAAAACAGUUCUUGUUGGGAUGUUUGUGGGAUUCAAUCAUCUCCGGAGAAGCAUUGGCAUCACUUUCGUCGACUGAUGCUCAUAAUUGGAUCCUGUAUAUUGGGAUUUCUAUUGAUACUUGUUAGCUGGUGUAUUCUUCGAUGUCUUUUUGCCACCAGUAAAGAAGAAGGGACUAAAAGGCAAUUCAAAUCUUGUAUAGGAAAACCAGAGAUGGAUGCUGAUGCAAACUCCCUUCCUCCUCCAUCUGUGGCAUCCUGCCCUGGAGCAGCUCAAGUUUUCCGACUCUCAGAGCUGAAAGAUGCAACUAAUGGGUUCAAAGAGUUCAAUGAGCUAGGUAGGGGGAGCUUUGGUUUUGUUUACCGUGCUGUCCUCACCGAUGGUCGGCAAGUCGCAGUCAAGAGGGCUAAUGCUGCCACAAUAAUCCACACCAACAGCCGAGAAUUUGAAACGGAGUUGGAAAUCCUUUGCAAUAUCAGACAUUGUAAUAUUGUAAAUUUGUUGGGUUACUGUUCGGAGAUGGGGGAGAGGCUUCUCAUUUAUGAGUUUAUGCCUCAUGGAACACUUCAUGACCAUCUCCACGGUGGGCUUUCACCUUUGAAUUGGAACCUUAGAUUAAAAAUUUUGAUGCAGGCUGCAAAGGGGCUCGAGUACCUUCACAAGGAGGUUUUUCCACCUAUUGUCCACCGCGAUGUGAACAGUUCAAAUAUUCUUUUGGAUUCUGAUUGGGUUGCACGAAUUGCAGAUUUUGGGCUUCUUACUCCAAAUGACAAAGAUCUUUCUGGAGAUACAAAAAGUGAUGUUUACAAUUUUGGGAUUGUACUGCUAGAGAUUCUCAGCGGAAGGAAGGCAUAUGACAGAGAUUACAUGCCUCCAAAUAUAAUUGAGUGGGCAAUGCCCUUAAUUAAACGAGGUAAGGCAGCAGCCAUAAUUGAUCGGUAUGUUGCUCUUCCAAGAAAUGUUGAGCCAUUGCUUAAACUAGCUGAUAUAGCAGAGUUGGCAGUAACGGAAAAUUCAAGCGAGCGACCUACAAUGUCAGAGUUAGCAACUUGGCUAGAGCAACUUGUGAAGGAUGGACUGAUCUUGUAGCCUUAAGUUUUGAAUGAAUCAAAGAGUUGGAUUGACAAAAUGAAUGCAGGAGCUCAGUGAGUACCAUUAUUUGGAUGCUGUACAUUCAAAGUUCCUUGUAUAGAGGAUGCAAUUUGUUAUUCAUUCAAUCUCCACAAUGUCAAGGAGAUGCAAUUUUUUAUAUGAGUCUAUAAAUGUUACAUUCAUGGUAAUAAUAUGAUGAGUGUAUCUUAUUAUCUUC